UACUGCAACACCAUUCUACGAUUACCUUUGACAACCUUAUGGAGCACAUGUCAGUCAAGCUAGUUGUAAACACACACACACACACACACACACACACACACAGACACACAGACACACAGAGAAAGAGACAGAGUCACAAUCACAAAAUCAGAGACACCAGUAACAGACAAAGCCACAUACAGUCACCAUGUUGAUCUCUGUGCUCCUGUUGUGGUUUGGAGUCUUCCUCCUCUUCUUCCUCUUCAGGGUGCAAAGACCCAAGAACUUUCCUCCUGGACCCAGAGCACUUCCUCUGCUGGGAAACCUGCUGGGAAUCAAUCCACAACAGCCACUAAAGACUUUGGAUAAGUUGGCAGAGCGCUAUGGUCCUGUCUACAGUCUGUAUUUUGGUCCCCGUCCUGCGGUGGUGUUGGCCAGUCAGAAGGUCAUCAGAGAAGCUCUCGUCUCUAAAGCCACUGAGUUUGCUGGACGACCAAAUCACCUGAUGGUUUGCCAUAUCACUCAGUGCAAAGGUGUGGUUCUAGCAGAUUAUGGUCCAAAGUGGCAAGAGCACCGGCGCUUCGCUCUGACCACGCUGCGGAACUUUGGGAUGGGGAAGCGCUCCAUGGAGGAGAAGAUUCUAGAAGAGACCCAACACAUCUGUGCCGAAGUGGAGAAGCAUGCAGGGAAGUCUAUGGAUCCUCAGCAUCUCUUCCACUUUGCUGCCUCUGACAUCAUCUGUUCCAUUAUUUUUGGAUCUCGGUUUGACUACGAUGACCCCUACUUCAAGAACCUCAUUCUCAUGAUUGAAGAACUGACUAAAUUGGUCUUUGAUCCCUGGGCAAUACUUUAUGAAAUUGCUCCAUUCAUUAGAAGCUUGCCUUUGCCUUGUAAGCGGGCAUUUGAAUUACAUGACAAUGUCCAGGGCCACAUCCAAAAUGCGGUAGCAGAGCACAAAGAGUCAUGGGUUUCAGGUCAGCCAAGAGACCUAAUCGACUGCUACCUGGAUGAGUUAGAGAAAAGGGCAGACAAAGGCACCACCUUUGAGGAUAGUCAACUGGCAGCCAUGUUGUUUGACCUGCUGAUUGCUGGGACUGACACCACCUCAAACACCCUGAGGACAGCAACGCUCUACCUUAUGACCCACCCACACGUACAGGAGCGCUGCUACCAGGAGAUUGAGGAAGUGCUGGGCUCUCGUGAGCAGGUGUGCUUUGAGGAUCGCCUGUCCAUGCCCUACGUCCAGGCCAUGAUCCAUGAAGCCCAGAGGCUAGCUGAUACGGUUCCCCUCAGCAUGUUUCACACCACAACCACAGACACACACAUCCAGGGGUACAAUAUUCCCAAGGGUACGGUGGUCAUUCCUUUCCUGUCCUCAGCGCUACAUGAGGAGGGUCAGUGGAAGUCCCCUCAUGACUUCAACCCUGAGAACUUCCUGAACGAGAGGGGGGAGUUUGUCAAACCUGACGCCUUCAUGCCCUUCUCUGCAGGUUCCCGUAUGUGUCUGGGGGAGGGGCUUGCUCGCAUGGAACUCUUCCUCAUCCUGGUCACGUUGCUUCGUCGCUUCCGAUUGGUCUGGCCAGAAGAAAGGGGAGUUCCUGACUACAGCAUGGUGUUUGGAGGCACUCAGGCACCCAAACCGUUCCACGUUGCUGUCCACCUGAGAGAGGACAGAAACUAAUGUCUGGCGUUUUCUUUUUUGAUGUCUACAAUACUGAUCGCUGACAUUUUCAGAUGGAACAAAUACCUUUUUCAUUGGCUGUCUUUUUUCUUCGCACUCAUUUGUUUUCUUAACAAAUCUGUGGGUAAAUCACAGCCAUGAGGGUACCCUUAACUAAUACCACUCUCACUUGCAAAGCAUUUUGUACUACAGGGACUUAUUUUUGUAUGCCACUCUCACUUGUGUCAUACUUAUCUUUUUUUAUUAUUAUUUUUAUUUUCAUUUUUUUUUGUUUUUUAAACUUCAUCAAAAUGUUAUUUUUAUGAUUGUGGGUCUUAUUUAUUGAUAUUGAUAAAUAUCACCCCCUCUAGACAUUACACAUAGUACACAUAAAAAUAAGGUAUGAAGGCCUACUGUAAGGCUCACAUCAAAACAAUUGUCUGUAUCAGGGCUUAGACACAUUCAUCCAAAGAUAGACACACACACACACACACACACACACACACACAUAUAAAUACACACAGACAGACACACUGUCCCUCGCUGGAGUAGCCUAUGUUUCAUUGAGGACAAGAUAGCAAAUUUACUCUUUUGAACUGCAGUUCAUUGUAUAGUGACACACAGUUUAGCUGUAAGUUCAAGCAAACAUGUUGUGAGGGUUCAUAAAUAGGCUGAUCAAUUUGAUAUGUCUAAGUAAAUAAAGGAUAACUAAAAAAUACAUCAAUUAUUUUGAUGACUUCACACGUUAUUAAUAAUCUUUUCCUUUGGUUGUAGGCUAUAACCUGUGAACUUUAUAUCAAGAUAUUUCACUUAGUCUAUAGGCUAUUAUUGACAGAAAAAUGUUAAGAGACUGAAAUAAUUGGAUGCCCUUUAAAUGUUUAAGUUCUAUUGUUUGUUACGUUUGAAAGAAAUUGUGUUCUAAUUAGAUGGUAGUGUAGUGGGUAUUUAGAUAGAUUACUGUUUUUACAGGCCAAAAGCCUACUAGAUUAAGUAGCCUAUGUGCAUUAAAAUGGAGGCAGUUGGCAUAGUGCCAAAAGAAAGCUGUGCAGCUCAAAUGAAUUCUGUGCCGCUAACCCAACUUUGACCUUGUAUGAGGUUCACCUGAGUUAUUUAAAAGAGUGCAUAGCUACCCCAACUCCCCUUGCCUGCAUGUGGCAGUAAACAAACCUAUUACAGUCACAUGACAAUAGUUUUGGAUCUUUCAAGAGGGGUCUUAAGGCAUAUCUGAUUUAUUCAAUAUGCACUUAGUCUGUGCUUCUUAUGGAUUAUGGUUUGCAUAAUAUAGGCAAGUAUUGUUUUCAUUAGGCCAUUGAUUGAACUGACAUUGUUGUUUCAUUAUAGGCCAUUGAUUGAAUUGAUGUUGUUGUUGUACUACUGCUAUUCUCCUUAAUGUAUCUUUACCAUAGUUAUUGUUAUUAUAUGAAUAAAUUACUUUAUUGUUUAGGCUA